GAGUAGGCCACCAUUGGUGCGACACACCGAGAAGGGAGGCAGGAGAGAGCGCAUCCACGUCUAUUCCCGCUGGAUUAAGUGAACUUUAGUAGGUACUUGAGUACAAAGACAGCGUUCAAAGUUGUGAGCGCCUGACGUUUGCCCGAAGACAACCUUUCAACUGGGCUUGGCUGGAAGACUGCAGAUUGAGACGGAGACAACUUCAUAACAGGCCAGGAGACGUCUUGAACAGCAGACUUCAUCUCAGCAUCGUUAGUUCAACUGGGGUUGUACUCAUUGGAUUAUAAGAUGGGUUACCUGAAGCUAGUCUGCAUUAUUCUCAUCGGUGGCCUUGUCGGAGGCCGUGUCGGAGGGACAGUCGCUCCAGCCUCUGAUCCUGCCACGCCACGCCCGCCUCCAGUGACGAUUCCCACGACUACCGAAACCCUCACAACUCAAGACCCGCUGGAGGCGCGGUACAUCUUGUGCCAAGUCAUGUGUCAGGAGAAAUACGCGGCGUGCUUCUCCGACACUACAAAUGUGCACUACAGAAUGAGUCUCGCGUUGAACGUGCAAAACCCGGAAAAUGCAAAGCGCCAAAGGGCCCAAGUCUGCGGGCAACGGAAGGCAGGCUGCAGGGAGAAAUGCCACUGGCUGAAGGAGCAGACCCACAUGUACGACAGGAACUGCACGGCUACGAACUUCCUUGUGGGACUCGAUUUCAACAAACCUGGAUUCAGUUUAAAAAAAGCGCUCAAGACGUUGACAUAUAUCACGCCUUAGUUUUUGUCCAUCCGUCCUGCGAAUUCAAGUAGUGCACUCUUCUGAACAUUAUAGCUAUAGAAUCUGGCAUGAGGGACAACACAUCUAUUGGAUGGACCCGUUUACGCCCACGAAUGUCUACGUUUGGCCAGUCGUCAAUGGACUCAAUAAGGGGAGAGCUUUUUCUUCUCUGUAUUGGUUACCUUCACCGGUGAAAACUCAAAUAUAUAAAUAUAUAUGAAUUUAUGCGACGCCAUGGACGAUAUAUUCUCAAACUUGGCGCCAAUGUCUCUCUUUGUAUAGUCAACGACUAUAGAAGUACAAUGUCUCAUUUUCUUCAUUUUGGCCCUUACAUCGGCCCUGAUGUUGCUCUCUUCAACUACAAUACUGUACAUAGAUUCUUUUAUUUC